UUAAAAUCUUAGUAUUUGCACCACAUAAACAAAUCCUCCAAUAAGUUCCCGGAAUCCUACUCUUUCAAUCGCCGUCUACUUUACACUGCUCACAGUUCUAUAAUAGCAGAGUAAUCAAAAAAAUGCCAAAAAUCAUAUACAAAGAAAAACAAAAUAACAGAAUAUUUUGAUCAUCACAGUUCACAAAAUUCCCUCAAUCUCACAAGUCACAACAGCUUACCUGUCUCCCUACCCCCUACCCCCUCACCCCUACCAUAUAUAUAUAUAAUACUCCAUGUAUCUAUAGGUCUGUGUAUACAAAAUUUUCCGGUGAGUAAAAAAGUAAUGGCAGACGACGUCGUUCCAAAGACAUUUCGAGCGUUAGUAGAAUCAGCCGAAAAAAAAUACGCGCGUGUACGUGACUUGCCGGCAUAUGGAGUUGCUAAAACAAGUAACCAUUAUUUCCACAAAGUAUUUAAAGCGUAUAUGAAGUUAUGGAAAUAUCAACAAGAGCAUAGAGUCAAGUUGAUUGAUUGUGGUUUACAAAGAUGGGAGAUCGGUGAGAUCGCUUCACGGAUCGGUCAACUUUAUUUUAGUCAAUAUAUGAGGACUAGUGAAAUUAGGUUUUUACUUGAAUCGUGUAUUUUCUAUGAAGCUAUUCUGAAUAGAAAGUAUUUCGAAGGUUCGAGAAAGGAUAGAAUGGUGAGGUUUAAAGAGUUGAGGUUUUAUGCUAGGUUUUUAAUGGUUUCGUUGAUUUUGAACCGGGUUGAAAUGGUGAAGUUGCUUGUUGAGCAGUUUAAAGCUAUUGUUGAUGACAGUAAAGCUGCUUUUCCGGGUACUAACUUCAAAGAGUGGAGACUGGUGGUGCAAGAAAUUGUUAGAUUCACAAGAGCUGAUUCUCCAUCUCCUGAUGCCAGGCCUUUGCGAUAUUGUGCUCUCUAUGAUUCACAUCCAUCAUCUCGUCCAUACGUGGCUCGCUUCCAUGCUAAGAAGGUGCUAAAGUUUCGAGAUGCACUGUUGACAAGUUAUCACAAAAAUGAGGCCAAAUUCGCAGAAUUAACCCUGGACACUUUCAGAAUGCUGCAAUGCUUGGAAUGGGAACCCAGUGGAUCUUUCUAUCAAAGAAGUCCAGUUGAACCACGAGCAAAUGGUGCAGUGACCGACCAAUCUAUAACUUCUGGACUGAUAGAUAUUAACUUGGCUGCUGAGAUGAUGGAUCCAGCUUUGCCUCCAAAUCCCAAGAAGGCUGUUCUUUAUCGUCCUUCUGUUCCACUGUUGAUAUCUGUCGUCGCCACGAUGUGUGAGGAGCUCCCUCCAGAGAGUGUGGUAUUAAUAUAUAUUUCUGCAUCAGGAAAUACAAUUCAGAGUACCCCCUCUCACUCAGAAAGCUCUUCAAGUUCUAAAAAGUCUUCGAAGGGCAGUGCUCUUUCUCGUACUUCUUAUGAACAAAAGAGUGCUUUGCAUGAAAAUUAUAGUAACACCAAUGGAGAUACGGGUCAAUAUUUCGAGAAUUGUUUGUGCUUAGGUCCUAGCAGGAGUGGAGGUUCAAAUAACCUCUAUCCAGGCGAUCUAAUUCCUUUCACACGAAAACCUCUCUUCGUAAUAAUUGAUAGUGACAAAAGCGAUGCAUUCAAGGUUCUACAUGGGGCAGAAAGAGGAGAAAAAAGUGCUUUAUUUCUCUCUCCUCUGAGGCCAUCAUUCAAGAACCCAGGCACUGAUGUAACACAAACUGGAAGUCAGUUCACUUUGUUCUUGGCUGCCCCCUUACAGGCUUUCUGCCAGUUGGUUGGCCUUGUCUCUUCUGAUAAGGAUAUGGAUUGUUAUGAUGAGGCUGAUGACAUCAUCUCAACUGCAUUUGCGGAGUGGGAGGUGAUCCUCUGUACGUCGACUAGCCUAGAUUUGGUUUGGGCUCAAGUUUUAUCUGACCCUUUUCUACGACGGCUUAUUCUCAGAUUCAUAUUCUGCCGUGCUGUGCUUGGCCUAUUUUGCUUGCGCGAACGUGGCGAUGAGUAUUUGCCUGUUUGUCUCCCGAAGCUUCCUGAUACAUUCUCACCGAACUCUGAAACUGUCCAACCAGCUAUCAGACGACUUGCAAAGCUUCUAAAAGUUGGAGAUUGUUUUUGAUUUUGAAUUGUCAUAAAUGUCUGUUCAUCAGACAUGUGAAAUAUGUGAUGCUCCCUUUAUGAUGUAAAGAGAUCCAGAAACUUACCAGUCAGCAUUUCGAUAAAGAAAGACACCCUGGUAACCAAAGUGCUGAUUGGAAGUACAAACACAUUCUUUUAGGUGAUCGGUUUACUUAGUUUAUAGCAAUAUCUUCUUUCAUGUGUAGAAAUUGGGGGUUUUCUUUAUUAUUUAGUCGUUGAUAGGGAGCAUUUGGUUGGUGAAAUUGUCUGUUGCUGAUAGAAGAGUCACCCUGAGUUUUUUGUGUCAUGUAUUUUUGUUUCUACAGGAAUUAGUGCUAAUUUGUUCAUAUAUAUCCUGUAUUAUAGAAGCUGGCAGUUGAAUUCUUUAAUUAUUAGUUGAGCAAUUUCUCUUC